UAAUUUAGACAAGGGCUAGAUCGUAAAUGAAUAUGGCAGUUGAUUUCUCUAUGUCCAUCUUCCCGAAAACUCGGCCGUUUCCAUUUAUGAAUAAUAUUACACUUUUUGGAGGCAAGGGAGUAGUUACUCGAAUCAUUCAUUUCCUUAUGUAAAAAAUCUUUCACUUUUGAAGGACAGAUAGUAGCUAGUCAUUUGGUUCUGCGAGACGAAGAGAAGGAAGAAUAGCACAGUUGAUCAUUCGAUUGAACUUGCAGAUAGUUCAAAUGAGGAUGAAAUGGCAGAGAAAGGAAUUCCAGAGGAGGUUUGUGCAGCACAGUCUGCUGAAAUGAUAUCUACAUAUACCCAGUCUAUCGCCUCUCAAGGGGUGGACAUAUCACAUGUGUGAUCCAAUCUACGGACAUGAGGAGGAGAUUUAAUGGGAAUUAGGGACUUCCCAAGUUUGCCAGGAGCAACCAUGACAUUAGAGGCCAAGAAAUGCCUAGAAGACAAUCUGUUUCCACCGGAAAUUGAGAAAACACUGCACAAGCAGGUAGUGGGACGCCUUGCACGAAACCGUGAGUAUUCUCGCCGACAUCGCUUGCGGAAAAAGGCUUAUGUUCAGAACUUGGAGAUCAGUAAACGAAGAAUGGUUCAACUGGAGCAAGAACUAGAACAAGUUAAACAACAACAGGGAUUAUAUCUCGGUCCUCCCUCUGUUGCUAAACCGCUUGCUGUAGGCAUCACUGCAUUUGAGGUGGCAUAUAGGAACUGGGUGGAGGAGCAGAGUAGACACACAAAUGACUUGAGGAAUGCAUUGCUACAUUCAAUGGAUUGUGAUAAUGAAUUACAAAUUCAUUUUGAAAGUUGCAGGAAUCACUAUAUUGACCUUUUCAACAUAAAAGCAACUGCGGUGAAGGUAGACGUUUGCUACGUUAUGUCCGGUUUGUGGAAGACGCCGGCUGAGCGCCUUUUCUUUUGGAUGGGAGGUUUUCGUCCGUCCCUGAUCCUAAGGGUUAUAAUGCCAUAUCUUGAGGCUUUGACAGAGGAACAGCAUCAUAAUAUAUCUUUACUUUGUGUAAAUUGUCGGGAGGCGGAAGAUUAUCUAACGCAAGGACUGCUUGUACACAACCAUUUUCUUGAAGCUUCUGUUUUGGCUGGCCUAAUGGGUGAAGAAGAUUGCCUCCAGCAGAUGUCUUCUGCAAUAGAGAAGUUAGAAUAUUUAUUCAGGUUUGCAGAACAGGGAGACAAUCUUCGGAAAAUAACGUUAAACCGGAUCUGCAUGCUGUUAACAACACGCCAAGCAGCUCAGGGGCUUGUGGCAUUGGGGGAUUACCUCGAACGACUACGCAAUCUGAGCUCACUUUUGGCUGAAUCUUCUCAUGGACCUUACUAACCAAGGCUAGACACUGGAACUGGAAAAGAACCGAAAUGGCUGCUGUUUUUUGGUCCCAGACUGGAACUUCUACCUGAACCGGUCUAAAUCAGUUUCGAUUUCUCCAAACUAGGACCAGAAUUGAUAGGGUCCAUCUUUUAUUUUAUUUUUUAAAAUAGGCUAAAGAUGAAAAUUUAAGGAAACCAAUCAUCAUGGAUUGGUUUCCUUCAAGAACCUUUUUUAGGCUUGUUUAUCUAGGAUUGGUUUCCUUCAAGAACCAUUAAAUUUUC